AUGGUCCUAACUCUGCUAUUUCUUAUGAUGACACUGAUAGUUAAAACAACAGCCCGAAACAAUGUCAAAAACAUCAAUUACAUUAACAAUAAUGACAUUUAUAACGACCAUGAUGAUGAUUGGAGUGGUGGUGACGACGACGACGAUUAUGUUAUUUAUACUAAACUGAAACCAGCACUUCAUUCGGCUAAACUUUCAUCACUUGCUACUGAGAGACAUGACAUCGUCAACAACGUCAACAACAACAGAAAUGCAACAGAAAAUAACGAAGAUCAACUUAUGAAGUACGACAAAUCAGCCGACGAACAAAAAGCUCUCAACAAAAAAUUCAGCCACAACCGCUACAAAAGUAUGGUUGAACGUAGGCACAGGUUUAACCUACAACAUAGAAUCGUCGACGAUGAUUUCAACAAGAUUUAUGAUAGAUUAUUUAAAACGAAUUGCCAGCCUUCAAUAAAUGAAGACGGCAGUAACGACAAUUGUAGCAGUAGCAGCAACGACGGCGGCGUCACCAACGACAUCAGCGACGACAGACUAAAACAGAGAACAAGAGAUAGACGCACGAGAAAUGACAGCAUCAACAACAAAAUUAAAAAAACCAGACUCAGAAAUAUGGAUCACAGAUUUCAAAAAUACGACGAGAGUUUUUUAAUGCCCCAUACUACCGAACUGCUGCCACUAACCAAUUUGCGGAACGGACAUAUGUCAAAACGACUGCAUCUAAGCAGACGCAGACAUGGUAAUUCUAACAACAACCACAUCGACAACAGCAGCAAGAGAAACAUUAAUGACAAAAUAUCUCAAAAUGACGACAACCUCGGAAUUGGAAAUAAUUUUCUAAUUAGAAAAAAAUUGUACAACGGCGGAGUUUUCGAAAAUAAAAAGGGGCGCGAAAGUAUGAGAUACCAUUCGCAUCCACGUUCAAAUUCGCGCAUACUUUCCACAAAAAAGAUUCGCCAUGAUGAUAACGAAAACGAGUCUGAAGUUGAUAAUUUGUCAUCACCAUCAACACCGACACCAUCAUCAUCGCCAUCAUUAUUAUCAUCCUUCAAAUCACCACAGGUAAUUUACAAAAGAGAAGAUGAUGAUGUAAAAUGGAAUGAUGAAGGUUAUGAUGGUCUGCCAGAUGGCAGAAGUUGGAAAGAUGAUGCUGACGAUGCAGUCGGUAGAAGAAGAAAGAGAGAAGUUACAGACAACCCGACACACAUUUUGUCACCGCAGACACCAAAUUCAAUGAAUUUGACAAAUUUAUUUGCAAAUUCUUUCAGGCAACUUAUCAGCUUUUCAAAAAACGUUCAAGAUGGUAUUGAGAGAAAUUUGGCAAACCUUACAUUUAUAAAUAACAAUUGGACUAUUAACCUCAAACCGCCCAACUUCAACAACAACCUCACAAACAUUUACGGAAAUAAUUUGAAUUCAUUGAGAAACCUAACGACGAGUUAUUCGGUGAAUUUGACAAAUUUGGUUGAGACAAAUAAAGUCUUCUUUCAAAAUCUAACAGAGGACAUAACCUCACUGCUGCCAAAUAUCACGGAAAAUUUUGAAAAUUUGAAGAGUGAUAUAAAUAGCUCUUUCAACGGUCUGAAUGGUGCUCUUCGUAGCUUCUUUGUUCGGACUGAAAAUUUAAUUGACAAUUAUACCAUGGAUUUGUCAGCUGAUUUCAUCAACUCUACUCUAAUAAAAGUAAUAAAUAAAUUGGAUCCAACUGCUAAGGAGUUUUUGACAAAUAUAACUAACAACGAUAAUGAAAGUAAUGAAACUGAAACUGAAAAUUCAUCUCGAAAGAGACGUGACGUCAUUUGGAAUGGGAAGUUGGAAAAGUCAUCCUCUCUAUCCAACGUAAUGGAAUCGGAGAAGCCAAGCAGCAUACUGAAAAGAUCAAAAAGAUUAACUGGUGGUACCACAGUAGCCGAUCGGCAGAAGUGGCCGUGGCUGGUAUCGCUUCAGGGCAAAAUACCGAAGACAAAAAUAUUCGGAAUACCGAUCGAAUACAAGUUCAUACACUGUGGUGCAUCCCUGAUACACAAGAGAUGGAUUUUGACGGCUGCUCAUUGCUUUCAAAAAUUUGAUAAAGAAAAUAAUCCUACCUUUGACGCAACUUAUCUUAAGCCGAAAUAUUGGCACGCCAAAGUGGGAGAGAUUAUGGCAGAGAACACCAUGAGCCAAAGAAUACGAGGUUUGGCUGGAAAGUUGUUGAAUGUUGACGAUUGGAAAAGAUAUUAUCUACACGGCUCCAAGAUCUUAAUUCAUCCUAAUUACACUGAACAAAAUCGCUUCAUCAACGACAUAGCUCUGAUGAAAUUGGAAUCUGAUCUUCCAUUGGAGAUUCCCGCGCCUAAAAAAAGCCAAAAUGACGACGAUGACGACGAUGAUGAUAAUGGAAGUUUUUUCCAAAAAAUUGUUUCAUCAUCGCACGACGCUGUUCAGAAAAUUUUCAAUAACGAUAACAAUGAAUCUCCGAUGAUAAAAAAUCCAAGAAUAGGAACAAUAGUACUACAGAACUCCAGCAAUCCUAAUCACAAAAUCCCGGACAAUCAUCCGUGUAUUAUGAAGGGAUGGGGAUGUACCAGGGGCCCAGUAACAAGCGUAGCCAGGGAGGUUAUAAUGCCGACUUUGAGCGAUAAUAGAUGUAGAUCCGUCUGGCAAUUACCGACCGAUAAUCGAUUGUGUGCCGGAAGUGAUGAUGGAACGGAUGCCGGAUUAUGUCCGGGCGACAGCGGUGGACCCCUGGUCUGCAAACUGGGCGAUGAAUGGAUUCAAGUAGGGGUGGCUUCCUUCUCAAGUAAAAUUAGUCCGGGCGCAGUACCUGGUGUUUUCACGAGGGUCUCCGCCUACAGGAAAUGGAUCGAUGACGUCAUCGAGAAUAAUUAA